AUGAUCAAGAGGGGACGACCGAAGGGAGCCACGGCCUACCCCGAGCACGCCGUCUGCAUCAAGUGCCAGGUGUUUCGGCCCAAGAGGCGCGGCUACUGCGAUCGGUGCCGGCCAAGAAACCGCGGCGCCGCAGCGAAAACCGCCGCGAAUCCCACCAUCAACCCCGCCACCACCAUCACCACCUCUUCACCGCCUCCUGCCUCUUCCGCCGGCCUCACCAAACUCGUCUCGUCCGAGCACCAGAAGCAGCCGCGCCAGGACCACGACCCGAUGGUGAUCCAGAACUCGUACCCGCCGGCCGUAGCCGGGCAGUCGGCUGGCGACAACGGACCAGCUGCGUCGACUUCCUCGGCCGAGGCUGGGUCGCGAGGGGUCAAGCGACAGCGCCACAACGCCGCGCCCGGGGGCCAACAGACAGCGGCCCAGAUCCGGGGAAAGCGUCGGCGCACGGUCAGCGCUCCCGUGUCUGCCAACAACAACAACAUCAGCGGCAGCGCCAACACCAACGGUCGGUUGGCCACCUCGUUGAUGAUGGUCUCGUCGGCCAUGCAGGCCCUCGAGCGUAACCGCAACGUCGACGUCGUGAGCGCCUACGCCGCAGCGGGCGCGACCGCCAAGGACCGCAAGCCCGGCUCGUCGUCAUCGUACUAUUCGACCCCGGGCUCGGCGGCCCACCAGCUGGCGCUGCUGCUGCCGCGGUCGGACGGGACGGCGGUGGACGUGGUGCCGCUCCAGUUCCUGUCGACGGCCUCGCCCACGGCCACGGCCGCUUCGUCUCCCUCGCCCGCGCUGUCGUCGUCGGGGGCCGCCUCGCCCACCUCGUCACCCUCGGUCACCUCCUCGACCCACUCGCUCAUGUCUCUGGCCAACGUCAGCGCCCUCGCCGCGGCCCGCUACCCUUCGCCUUCAUCGCACUCCUCCUCCUGGUCUUCGUCGCCGCCCUCAUCUCCUCCUCGUCAGCUGCUUCACUCCUCUUCGUCUCCCUACUCGUCUCCUCCGUCUUCGUCAUCGUCUUCGCUUUCCUUCGCUCUUCCGCAGCCGAGGGCGAGCGCCAGCCACAGCAGCAGGGCGGGCGAUCUGGUGCUGCCCAGCCUGGGCUCCCUCGCGCUCCCGCGUCCAGCCCUGCCGCUCCACUUUUUCCCAGCCCACGCCUCGGCGGGACUGCACCUGGCAUCGAUGGUGGCGCCAGCGGCUCCGCUCCGCCUGGCGCCCAACUGA